CAAAAUUCGUCAAAACAAAACAUUCUUGACACUUCCUCUUCUCCGUUUAACUAGUUUCACGAGCUCUGUUCUGUUUCUUCUCUUUCAGAAUUUCAAGGAUGUUAUGAUUGUGCGGUUUUAGUUGAUGUGUUUGGUAAUGGGAAAAGGUAGAGUUAAAGCAGUGGAGAAAAGGGUUUUAGAUCAGAAACUUAGAGGAUCGAUCAAUGUUCCUUUAGGACCAGUUUAUUAUCCGACAGAAGAUGAAUUCAAAGAUCCAUUAGAGUAUAUACACAAGAUCAAGCCAGAGGCAGAGGUUUAUGGUAUUUGCAAGAUUGUUCCACCUAAUAAUUGGAAACCUCCUUUUGGUUUGGAUUUGGAAUCUGUUAAGUUUCCUACAAAGACACAAGAGAUUCAUCGGUUGCAGUUUCGUCCUUCUUCGUGUAAUUCAAAGACGUUUAAGUUGGAGUACAAUAGGUUUUUGGAGGAGCAUUUAGGUAAGAAGCUGAAGAAGAGAGUUGUUUUUGAAGGAGAAGAAUUGGAUUUGUGUAAGCUGUUCAACGCAGUGAAGCGGUUUGGAGGUUAUGAAAAGGUUGUCAAAGGGAAAAAAUGGGGUGAAGUGUAUCAGUUUAUGAGCUCUGGUGAAAAGAUUUCAAAGUGUGCGAAACAUGUCUUGUGUCAGUUAUACAAAGAGCAUUUGCAUGAUUUCGAGAAUUAUCAUAAUCGGAUGAAUGUAGAUGCGUCAAAGAGUUGCAAAAGGAAGAUUAAUGGCAUUCGACGAUGUUCUGAAUCUCGGAGCUCGAAGAGAAGAAAAAGAAAUGCUGAUGUGAAAAAUCCCAAGGUGGAAAAUGAAGAAGGGGUUGAUCAAGCGUGUGAGCAAUGUAAAAGUGACAAACACGGUGAAGUGAUGCUUUUGUGUGAUAGUUGUAAUAAAGGUUGGCAUAUAUAUUGUCUAUCGCCACCGUUGAAGCAUAUCCCACUUGGGAACUGGUAUUGCCUUGAGUGUUUAAACACUGAUGAAGAGACUUUUGGCUUUGUGCCUGGUAAAUGCUUAUUACUUGAAGAUUUUAAGCGAAUUGCUGAUCGAGCCAAAAGAAAGUGGUUUGGUUCAGGAACAGUGUCUAGGACGCAGAUAGAGAAAAAGUUUUGGGAGAUAGUAGAAGGGUCAGGUGGUGAGGUUGAAGUUAUGUAUGGUAAUGACUUGGAUACUUCUGUUUACGGGAGUGGUUUUCCUCGAAUAGGCGACCAAAGACCAGAAUCAGUUGAGGCAGAUAUAUGGGAUGAGUAUUGUGGUAGCCCCUGGAAUCUCAAUAACAUGCCUAAGUUGAAAGGAUCUAUGCUUCAGGCCAUUCGACAUAACAUUAAUGGUGUUACAGUGCCUUGGCUAUAUCUUGGAAUGCUCUUCUCUUCUUUUUGUUGGCAUUUUGAGGACCAUUGUUUUUACUCUGUCAAUUAUCUACACUGGUAUGUCACCUGAACUGUAAUUUUCAUCAUGUUUGUUACUGCUGUAAUUACCCUUCCUCUGUUCCUAAUUUAGUCAUGGUAAGGGAGAAGAUGUUUCCAAGACUCACUGGAACUCUUUAAUUUAUAAUGAAAUGUAUCAUUCAUAGAAUCUUUUAAUUGCACCUUUUAUUUUGAAAGAUUCUGUUACCAACUUCUUUCUGAUUUACACCUCAGGGGAGAGGCAAAAUGUUGGUAUGGUAUUCCAGGCAGUGCUGCUAGUGCUUUUGAAAAGGUCAUGCGAAAAACCCUACCCGAUCUCUUUGAUGCUCAGCCAGAUUUGCUCUUUCAACUAGUUACCAUGUUGAGUCCGACUGUUUUACAAGAAAAUAAAGUCCCGGUCUACACAGUAUUACAGGAGCCAGGAAACUUCGUGAUCACAUUUCCAAAAUCCUUUCAUGCUGGAUUCAAUUUUGGUCUAAAUUGUGCAGAGGCCGUCAACUUUGCUACUGCUGAUUGGCUACCUUAUGGUGGUUCUGGGGCGGAGCUGUAUCGGCUGUACCGGAAACCUUCAGUCAUAUCUCAUGAAGAGCUUCUCUGCGUGGUAGCUAAGGGAAACUGCUGCAAUAACGAAGGGUCAAUACAUUUGAAGAAAGAAUUGCUCAGAAUAUACAGCAAGGAAAAAACCUGGAGAGAGCAGCUCUGGAAAAGUGGUAUUUUGAGAUCUUCUCCUAUGUUUGUGCCUGAAUGCGCUGAUUCUGUGGGCAUCGAAGAGGAUCCAACAUGCAUCAUAUGCCAGCAGUUUCUUCAUCUUUCUGCUAUCGUCUGCAAUUGCAGGCCAUCUGUUUUUGCAUGCUUAGAGCACUGGAAGCAUCUUUGUGAAUGUGAACCUACGAAGUUGCGACUUGAAUAUCGUUAUACCCUUGCCGAGUUAGAUAUGAUGGUACAAGAAGUUGAAAAGUUUGGUGGGUGCAAAACACAAGAAACCAAAAUCUCACAACGGCCGAGUUCAGGCACCAAACGAUCUAUUGCUUUAAAUAAAAAGGAGGGAAUGCAAGUGAGUCAGGCACGGCCAGCAGACAAAUGGCUUCUUAGAGCAUCAAAGGUUCUUGACGCUGCGUUUUCUAGUGUUGAAUAUGCCACCCUUUUGAAGGAAUCAGAACAGUUUCUUUGGGCUGGAUCAGAAAUGGACCGUGUACGAGAUGUUACAAAAAGUUUGAACAAAGCAAAGAUAUGGGCUGAAGCUGUUAGUGACUGUCUUUCAAAAGUCGAAGGUGAAGUCAACGAUGAUUCAAUGAAAGUUCACUUGGAAUUUAUUGAUGAGUUGCUGAGAGUUAAUCCUGUUCCUUGCUUUAAUUCUGGUUAUCUGAAACUAAAGGACUAUGCUGAAGAAGCUAGAAAAUUGUCCGAGAAAAUCGAUUCAGCUCUCUCGAGUAGCCCAACUAUCACCCAGCUGGAGCUAUUGCAUUCUGAAGUCUCCAGAUCGCCAAUCUCCCUAAAAAAACACGAGAUCUUGUCAAAGAAAAUCUCUUCCGCAAAGAUGUUAGCUAAAAGGGCGAAACGCUAUCUCACAGACGCUAAACCUCCAGGAAUUGAAAUGGAUGCACUUUUCAAGCUAAAUUCAGAGAUGUUAGAGCUUCAUGUUCAACUUCCAGAAACAGAAGGGAUUCUGGAUUUGGUAAAGAAAUCAGAAUCAGCCCGUGAUAAAAGUAACAAAGUUUUGACUGGUUCUUUAUCUCUCGAGAAUGUGGAAGAGUUGCUUCAUGAAUUCGAUAGUUUCAGCAUUAACGUUCCUGAGUUGAAUAUCCUGAGGCAGUAUCAUGUUGACACUUUGUCUUGGAUUUCACGCUUUAAUGAUGUAAUGGUUGAUGUUCGUGAAGGCAAGGACCAACGAAAGCUAAUUAGUGACCUCAGUUCCCUUCUACGGGAUGGAGCAUCCUUAGGCAUUCAAGUUGAAGGACUCCCUCUUGUUGAAGUUGAAUUGAAGAAGGCAUCUUGCCGGGAAAAAGCUCGAACGGUUUAUACUGCAAGAAAAUCUCUGGAUUUCAUUGAGCAACUGCUCUCGGAAGCUGUUAUACUACACAUCGAAGAGGAGGAGAUAUUUGUUGAGAUCUCGGGAAUUUUGUCAACAGCACGGUGUUGGGAGGAAAGAGCAAGCACUAUCCUUGAAAAUGAAACUCAGAUGUACGAGCUUAAAGAUCUCGUAAGGAUGUCAGUCAACAUUGAUGCGGUUUUACCUACUCUGCAAGGCAUAGAGAACACAAUCUCGUCGGCUGAAACUUGGCUUCAGAAAUCUGAGCCUUUUCUAUCAGCCACUUCCUCUAUGGCAUCAUCUCCAUGUUCUAUGCUUGAACUUCCUGUAUUAAAGGAUCUAGUUACUCAGGCUAAAUUGCUCAAUGUUCAGCUUCAAGAGCCACGAAUUCUUGAAACAUUGUUGCUUAACUGCGAGAGGUGGCAGUGUGAUAAUCAUCAGCUCUUGCAAGAAACUGAAGAUUUGUUGGACAAUGCGAAAAUAGAUGAUGGCACGCAUAGCAAUAUCCUUCCGAAGAUAAUGGAUUUGAUAACCAGAGUGGACUCCGCUAGGAGAUCUGGUCUGGCCCUUGGUCUCAAUUUCGAUGAACUUCCCAAACUUCGAACUGCAAGUCUAAAACUAGGAUGGUGUUGUAAGACCAUCACGUUAAGCUCUAGCUCACCUACCUCUGAGUUGCUAGAAGAUGUUGGAAAGCCCUCGUUACAGCAUAUUCAGCAGCACUUAAAAGAGGGACAAACACUUGAAAUAUUACCUGAAGAGUAUUACUUAGGCAAGAGACUCAUGGAGUUAAAAGACACUGGACUGGAGUGGGCAAAACGAGCUAGAAAGGUGGUAACAGACUCAGGUGCUCUUGCCUUGGAAGAUGUUUUCGAGCUUAUUUCUGAGGGUGAAAACUUACCUGUUCAUGCAGAGCAGGAACUUCAGUCUUUACGAGCUCGGAGUAUGUUACACUGCAUUUGUCUAAAGCCAUACAACUCAAGAUCCAUGGUUUCUUGUAGUCAAUGUGGCGAAUGGUAUCACACCUAUUGUUUAAAGCUUCAUUGGCGGCCUAAGGCUUAUGUCUGCUCCGCUUGCUGUCCACUGGCAGAAACCACUCCACAGAUCGAUCCCGCCAGAGCAACAGAGCCAGAGAGACCGUCUCUGAACCAAAGACGGACAAGAAUGGUCGCGACUGAUGCAGCAGUUAAUGACUUAAAGUGGAAAACCCGAAAACACAUCAAACGGACAACUAAACGGAGUCCUCAGGUUCAUAUUCUUCCCUGGUUUUUCACUUAAAAACCAACAUAAUAAUCUCUUGAGGGUAUGAUAUAUAGAGCAAUUUCAUUUAUUCAAUUUUAGAUGAGUUUUCUCAAACCUUUUUGUAAUGUUUCCCAUUGGAAAAUGGACAAGUUCACAUUAAAAAGGUUUUGGACUUAAUAAUUUGCCAGAUUUUUGGAUCUUUUUUUUUUUUGAACUGGAUCAGUGGAUCUAUAACUAGAAUUUGAUGAUUAUGUAAUAUAAGAAAUUCUAAUCACAACUAUGUAUAGAGGAGAUAUUAGCUUAGAUCUUAGAUUUAAAGCUUGUUUCAUUCUUUGAUGUUUUAUUCAAGUUUAA